ACAGGAAAUACAUUAAAAAUCGUAUGUUUGUGCUAUUCUCUGUCCGAUUCGAGUGAAAAGCGUUUAAACGCUUUUCAAUUUUUGGUCAUUUUUCACUAUUAUAAUUAUUAUUUUGGAAAAACGGAAUGAGCUAAUGAUCUGAAAUUUUGCACAUAAGUUUUUAGUAUAGAUCUACAUCAAAUAUAGUAAUAAUCUCAAAUAACUAUUUCCAGUCCCGUCAUGUCAAAAAACCUCAGUGGAGUCCCUUUAAGAAGUCUAAAAAUACCUAAAAUUGACAACAAUGAGUGGCUGUUUUCAAAGUUAGACUUAACUUUCAGAAAUAUAUUUUGAUUGAUAUUCCAAAAUAUAAAAUACUUUAUUUAUUUUUUAUUUUAUUAUACUUUGAAAAUAUCAGGUACCAUAUUUGCUAUUAAAUGUGGCAUUAUUUAGCCAAUAAAUACCUACAAUAAUAAUAUAAUAAAGAUCAAACAAUUUUCCUUUCCAAAAGGGAUUUGAGAGAUACAUUAAUAAUGUUAAAAGAAUAAAAAUAAUGAAAAAAUUUGCCCCUUCUGUGGUUUAAGCUCAUGUCACACAGUUACAAUGCUAUUGAAAGUAAUUCUAACCAAUUUGAAUACUUUUCAAGGCGGAGGUUAUGCAUUAGGGAAAUCUUACCUUAAUGUCGCAAAAUCAACGCUAAAUAUCGCAAUUAGUUUUAUUAUACACUUCACUGUCCAGGAAACGUUAAAGUACUUACAAAAUAGUAUGAUCACUCAGAUGUCUGUUUCAAACUUUUGUAAUGUGCUCUAGCAACGUAAAAUAUCGCAUCGCCUCUAAAUUUCAAAGGAUGGCUAUAAAUGCCACAAUCGCCUUGAUGGUAAAUAUUGAACUUUCAGCGCUGAAUGCCACACACAAAAAUUCAGGACCGUUAAAUGUCGCAAUGUUAACGCUAAAUGUCAGUUUUUUUUACUCUCCUGUAAAAAAUUAAAGUACUCCCAAAAAAUCACUAUUUUGAUGUAAUGCUAUCAUCAUUAUGAUAAGCUACACGUCAUCGUGCUAGUAGCUUCCGGUGUAUUCACUCCUGAUAAAUGCUUAUAUGUUAAUGUACGAAAACUGUUAUGAAACUGAACAUCAUUUUCAUAACAAUACAGGGCUCACUUUGUCUAAAGCUAAAAUGUUGCUCAUUAACAACACUGUUUUCAAGUUGCUAACAGAAUUUUGCUAAUUUGUAACCACUUUUGAUGUAUAGCCUUAUUAGGGUACAAAAUUAAAGAUGAAUUAGGUAAAUUUGGCUACAGAAAAAUUCUGGUCAGUGCAGGCCCUGACAUGUUUCCUUUACCUAGUCAUCAUCAAUAUCAUGGUCUACAUCAACAUCAUCAUCGUCAUCAUCACCAUUAUCUUCGACAUCAUCACUAUUAUCCAUGAUCAUCAUAAUCAGCAGGAGCAGCAGCGACAACAUCAUCAUGAUCAUAUUCAUCUACGUGCACAUGUGACAUUUCAUGAUUUUGUUUAACGGUUAUAAGGGGUUACCUUUUAGUGCUACUGUCUAAUUUAUGGUGUCUGAUUUGAGCCAUUCGUGUUUUCGCCCCGACCCUGACAAGCGAAAAGUCGAAAAUUAACAAGUUAUAAUGGCCAGGGCGCGGAGCGAAAACACGCUAAUUAGCAGUGGUGUGCAGCACGGGUUGACGUUUCAUUUAUAUAACUAAUUAGCUAAUUAGCGCACCCCGCCGUUCUAUUCACCUCGUUUCGCGCUUUAAGUAUUGUUAUUUAACACAAUAUAUAGAAAAUGCACUAAAGUUUUAAGAAAGAUAAAAACAUUCAAGAUCCAAGCUAUAUUUUGCAUAUUAUUUGCGGAUAAGACUGAUUUUUGCAGUAUAAAUCACCAUAUUUCUAUUGCGUUACUAACGCAGUAAGGGCUGUUUUUGCAUAUCUUGACCACUUUUUGAUGAUUUUCGUGGAUUGUAAGUGCAUAUUGCAAUAUGAAAAUAACUUUAUUUGUUCACUUCACAAUAUCUUACUUUUAAAUACAUUUCCAAAAUUUUCAUGAAAAUUAACAUGAAUCUGGAGGUGUGCUGCUUUAAAGUAUUCCCCAUUACAUUCAAUGCAUCGCCUGUGGCGGUCAACUACGGUGGCACAAAGAUGACAUGUGUGUGUUUUUAUUUAUCUCGUGGCCACGAGAUACUAUGUCAUGGCCACGAGUUACUAAGUCGUGGCCACUAGAUAGCUAAGUCGUGGUCACGAGUUACUAAGUCGUGGCCACGAGAUAGCUAAGUCGUGGCCACGAGAUACUAUUCGUGGCCACGAGUUACUAAGUCGUGGCCACAAGAUGGCUUAGUCGUUGCCACGAGAUAAUAUCUCGUGGCCACGAGUUACUAUGUCGUGGCCACGAGUUACUAAGUCGUGGCCACGAGAUAGCUAAGUCGUGGCCACGAGAUAAAAAAUCUCGUGGCCACAAGUUACUAUAUGUCGUGGCCACGAGUUACUAAAUCAUGGCCACGAGAUAGCUAAGUCGUGGCCACGAGAUACUAUGUCGUGGACACGAGUUACUCAGUCGUGGCAAAGAGAUAGCUAAGUCGUGGCCACGAGAUAGCUAAGUCGUGGCCACGAGAUAGCUAAGUCGUGGCCACGAGAUAAUUAACCAAUCAUAAUACACUAUAUAUAUGUUAUUCAUUUUUCAAACUUUAUAACUUACAUUUACAUGCAACAUUAACCUUUGAAAAUACUGAAUAUAUUCACUUUGAAGAAUUUGUCUUUAGUAUCAUAUUAGAAAGUAACCUUCCGAGGUCCAUCAGACAUUAAUUUUGACAAUAGCUCUUUGUUGGGACAAUUUUGUGAUCGAAUUGGUCAGUUUGUACUUACUACGGCCUGUUAACGUUGUUUAUACGACAACAUUCAUGAGAAGAUUAAGCCCUGGUGUAUUUUAUUUGGAAGGGACAUUGCCCAUGAACAGUAGAUAGCCUGUAUGGUAAAUCCUUGUCUGAUGAAUAAUUUAGAAGGGAUAAGACAUGUUUAAUAUAACCCAGGAAGAUCAUUGCACCUGAUCAGUAGAUGACAUCUAAUAAUUUCAAGGUCAUUGGGUAAAAAAGUGACGCUAAAUGUAAAAUUAUUGACCAGUCAAUAAGUUGUAUAAAAUGGCACUUUUACAGGCUGGUGAAGUAGGGACAUCAUUGUACUUUAGCACACGUCUAGUUAAUUAGAGAAAUUCAUAUAAAUGGUGUAAUCUGAUUGGUUAUUUAUCUCGUGGCCACGACUUAGCUAUCUCGUUCCCACGACUUAGUAACUCGUGGACACGACAUAUUAUCUCGUGGCCACGACUUAGCUAUCUCAUGGCCACGACUUAGUAACUCGUGGCCACGACUUAGCUAUCUCGUGGCCACGACAGAGUAUCUCGUGGCCACGACAUAGUAACUCGUGACCACGACAUAGUAUCUCGUGGCCACGACUUAGUAACUCGUAUAUCGUGGCCACGAGAUAAAUAAAAACGCACUGAUGUCACCUUUGUGCCACCGUAGUCAACCCACUUCCUAAAUGUAAUCCUGUAAACGUCACUUGGAAUUGUUCAAAUUAUUCAGAAACCUACAUUUUGAAGAUCAUGAAGUGUUUUUAACUGUCGUUCCUUCAGCUGUCCUUUAAUGUGUGGAAAAAUAUAAAUAUAAUCAUAGGACAGAGAACCACUUGUGUACCAAACUAAAAUAGGAACACUUCUUUAUAUAAAGUUACGGCGCCAUUUAAUAUAUUUAUUGAUUUAUAAAAAUACAAAAAAAUAUGAGACCCGUAUACCAAUUUAUGAACUCUUUGACGACCACACGAAAACGUUACAAUAGGGCAAAUGACGUAAUAAUUUCUAAUGACGUCAGGAAUACGUACACGUACUUUUCCCUGAAUUUUGACGCUUAUAGGAUACUGUGAUACAUUAAAGUACUGAACUAACCCAAUUUUUGUCGUGCGCCGGUUUUACGUUACUAAGGUAAUGAGUCGUUUUCACGACACGCUGGUUACACGGCUUUUUAUUUGAGAAAGAUUUUACCUUCAAGUGAUAUACAUGUAUAAUUCAUGUUUUUUUAUCAGUUAUUCUCACGACAAUAACUGCAGUGCACAAAAACUGUACGGGACCGGGCAAUACAGAAAAACAAUCGAAAUCUGUGAAAAAUGUGUUUAAAGCAUAUCGACCUAACGGAGUAAACACUAACGACGACAUACAACGACAUAACGGAUGACGCUCACAUAACGUCACUUCCUUUUUGGUUUGUUAAAGUAUAUACAGAUUAAGCUGAAGGAGCAUGAUAUCUGUCACCGGUACUGGGGCUAUUAAAGGUGACCAAGCAGGUAGGAAGUCAGGUAGGUAAAUAGGUAGUUAGGUAGGUAGGUAGGCAGUCAGGUAGGCAGGCAGGCAGGCAGUUAGUUAGGCAGGUUGGCAGUCAGGUAGGUAGGUAGGUAGGUAGGUAGGCAGGCAGGCAGGUAGGUAGGUAGGUAGGUAGGUACGCAUGUCUGUAGUAAGUAGGUAGUCAGGCAUGUAGGCAGUCAGGUAGGUGAGCUGGCAGACAGGCAUAUAGUAAGGCAUGUAGUCAGAUAGGUAGUCAGGCAGGUAGGUAGGUAGGUAGGUAGGCAGGUACGUAGUCAGGCAGGAAGCAAGUCAGGUAGGUAGGCAGGUAGAUAGGUGGGUAGUCAGUCAGGUUGAUAGUCAGGUAGGAAUGUAGGUAUGCAGUCAGGUAAGCAGGCUGGCAGGUAGACAGGUAAUCAGGCAGGUAGGUACAUAGGUAGGUAGAUAGAUUUCUGUACGUUUGGAUUUAAUAUAGAAAGGACAUUGGUCGAUCAACGGUAUGAACCUUAAGGUGACUCACAUCCAUCUAAUAUUAUCUUUGUAUUGUUAUAUCGUUCUCAUAUUUUUUCUAUGUCUAUAUGGCAAAAAUUAAACCUUUUAGAAAUCAAAAUAUCAUUUGAAUACCUGAAGAUGACCCCAACCUUAUUAAAUGUAGAUAAAGUUAGUGCAUACUACUUCAUAUUUUGCUGCAAACCAUUUACAUGUAAUUUGUUUCGGCAUACCAAUAACAUAUAUUGGUACUUAAUGUUCUCUUAAACUGCCAGGAAUAAUGUACCGAUAUGUAUAUAUACAUGAAGACAUCAUGCUUAAGUAUUAAAUUCAAAGCAUAUUUUAUCCUGUAAGCUAAUUGUCUAUGUUUAGCCUUUUUACAGUCUACAAAACUUGCGUUAGCGAAAAAUUCUAUUAAUUGAAAAAAAAACAAGAAACGGAGAUAACAAAAACUAUCUCUUGAACAAAACUAACAUUAUAUAACCAAAUGUGUGUGUAAAUGAUAAGCGUACUACGUACCUUACGUACACUUAUUAAAUAAUAAAAUACGCUAAAACGUGUCGUAACAGAGCACAAUCUUGAAACACACUGACAGUCACAGAAGUUAUCAUAAGAACUCUAGGACAUUUUCAGAGUUAUCGCAAGAACUCCGUGACAUUUGGAAAAUCGGGCCUGGGCAUUACAUUCGCAACUUUCCAUUAUAAUUAGGUAAUAAGGUAUGGCAAAGAGGAAGAUCACAAAUGAAAAGGUCAAUAUGUUCGAGAGAGCAAGUAAUUUAGAAUUUUUACACAAAACUACAAGAUUUUAAACAAAUUUAAUGGUCUUUAAAGUUUUUUUCUGAAAUAAAAUACAAAUUUGUAAGGCAAGCUAAAUCAUCAAAGUUUAAUUUUGCACUUAAACUCCCCGUUUAACAUUUUUCACGUGUGUUUCUCCAGGAUAUAAUAAAGUUUUCCGACGAAAUCUGUUACGUUUUCUAUGAACUCCGUGACAAGCUAUCAUUAUAACUCCAUCCUUCGUGUAACUGUUCCGCUCCCGUGAUAAUAUGCACUGUCUUACCUUAAAUCCUGGCUCCUCCCCUUGUUGGCUAUGCUUGUCAAAAAACAAUAAAUUUCUAUUUAUAGAUAUAUAAUGUUUGUUUCAGUUGUCCGCGCAUAUUCACCAGUGAUAGAACAUUUUUUAAACAUUUUUCUUUUUUGUUUGUUUUUGCGUUUGAUGCGAAUUUUUUAGUAGUAGUGAUAGAAAUGAACUUCAAGGCGACCUGAUUAAAUUCUACAGAAAAAGGUGUAGUUCAAUACCUCUCUCACCGCUUCUUGAAGAAAUAAAGACACCUUUAGCUGGGUUCUACGUGAUGCCCGAUAUAGUCGCCGUAAAACAGAAGUCCCUAACUUGUCAUGAAGAGGAGAGAACACCGAUAAAGUCUUUGAAAGACCUGUUUUCAACCGGCAGUGCAGAUCAGCAAGAAAUUUAUCUAUCAGCUGAUGCCGGCUUUGGAAAAACUGCUUUUUCAAAAUAUCUUGCAAUCAUGUGGUGUCAAGCUCAUUGUCCUGACGAACAAUACGAUGCUAAUGAGUGUUUUAAUGAUAAUGGGUUAAAAGCUCUAUCUAAGUUUGAGUUCUUAUUUGUGGUUUUCUUAAGAGAUACCUCUGUUUCUCACAUUGACGAUAUGAUUAGACAGCAAUUUUCUUUGCAUCUUCCUGCAUUGAAAUCACUAGAUGAAAAUUCAUGUAGAGAAAAACUAAAUGAAGUUUUAAGUAGAGAAAAAUGCUUGAUUAUAUUGGACGGUCUUGACGAAUGGACUAACCCUGUAAAUAGUUGUGGCGAAGUAUCAGAAAAAAUCCCACAUCGGUGCGUACGUGAUAAUUGUGUUAUUCUAACGACAACCAGACCGUGGAAGCUCGGAGUCGCAAAUCUCGAAACAAGUCAAAUAAACAAAAAAGUAGAAUUGGUUCAAUUAAGUGCAGAUUCUACGCAGCAACUAGAAGAAAAUGCUAUAAGAAAAAUGACAGGUAUCCAUGACAAUAAAGAACUGAAGAGUAAAAGACAGGACUUUAAUAAAGUGAUACGUGACCGUCGCCUAGAGCACAUGCAAGGGAUUCCACUCCUCCUCAUGUAUAUAGUUUGCCUAUGGUGCAACAACAUUCCUAUAGGAAAUUCAAAAUAUGAAAUUUACACCAAUAUCAUUGAAUUUCUAUUAUCAAGAACGUCAAAGAAACACCCGGAAGUUCAACCAUCUCGUGAAUCGUCUGCCAGUGAAAUUCCAGGUUACUUCAAAAGUCAUGAAUUUUGUAAAAAGUUUUACAGUCUUAUAACAUCAUUAGCAGAACUAGCUUACCAAACAUUAUUUAACAAAAACAGAGAAAAUACACUGGUAUUUGAUAGAAUGGUUGCUGAUAAAUAUCUCAAAGCAGACGACAUGAAAUUAAGUCUUCUCUCAGGAAUACUGUCAGAAAGUAGAAGUAAAACUUUAAUUAAAGAAAUUAUUAAAGUAUCGUUUUCUCACAAAACAGUGCAAGAAUUCUUUGCCGCCAUAUUUAUAAGUUCUGAAAGUGACGCUCAGAAAACUGUUGUAGAAAAAUGUAGAAAUGUUCAAGAUAUUCUGGACAUGUCAAAAAUUUGUGAAUUUAUAAGUGGAAUGAAUGCUGACUGGAUGUGUGAAAUAUCAAAUGAUUUGAUGUCUGUGAUAAAUGAAGACAAGAAAACACGCCGCUAUAGAACUAGGACAGGUGACGAGGACUUCGUGUACGAUACUCCACCAUUGUAUAACAUUCAGGAAAUGUUCUUGUCGUGUUUACAAGAAAUGCCUGAAAGUGAAAAUAUUCAAUUAUGUUUACAAGAUUUCUUCAUUAAGCAGUACACCGUGUACAGUAAGCUGUUACAACGUUUAUUAAAACAAAAUAAAACCAACAUAAAAUCACUUUAUAUAUACAUGUACAAUACUUCCAGCAGUUUACGUGAAAUUAUAGAUUUAUUCUCUCUCACAGAUCUCAGUCAUAUACAGAAACUUUACUAUAAUGGUGGCAGGAAGGAGGCUGAGAUACCCCGGAUAUUGUUUCCCAGUUUACAGUACGUUACUUUGUCGUCUGGUACAUGGAUAAAUGAUGAAGAAAAUCUGAAUGAAAAUUUAGCGCCAUUACAAAACUUACAAUAUUUAUAUAUUGGCGCCUUCACGUUACCUCACAAAAUACUGGAAACAUUUUACAAUUUUAUCUCCGCUCAAAAAUCAAUGAAAGAGUUAACAUUGGUGAGGUUAGACUGUAAAGAACAUGGCCGCCAUGAUUGUAAGAGAUUGAUGAACUUGGACUUGUCUCAACAUUCAACUCUAUCAAAGUUAGACUUGCACUGGUUACCUGGGAGGCUACAAUUAAAUAUAACAACAACGUCAUUAGUUAAUGUUAAGUUGUACAACAUCAAUCUAGAUGAUGGAAGUUCAUUGUUACUGUCACGUGACAUGUUGAAUAUUGAACGUGUGGAGUUGAGGAACAUAGAAAUGUCUGCAGAAAGUUUACAGAACUUUAUCCCCGUGCUGGAAGAUCUGCCGCAGUCAGUUACAGUAGUGAUGUACCGCAUUAAACCGGAAACAGAAUAUGGCCGUGUUAGAGAAAAUAUUCAGAGUUCACAAACUUUUCAUGUGAUACAAGACGACGACAACGGCUUGUUUGAGUUCAAAACAAUAAAAACAAGUAAAGAAUAAACAAAGGUAAAACAUUGUAAAAUAAACUGAUGAAUUUACUUCAAUAAUUUUAAAUGAAAACAAUUUAAAAAUGGACACUUAAAAAACAAAAUGGCCGUUUCUUCUACGUUAUACAUGUACUGUAUAGUUUGGUCAUUUAAUUUACAAACAUUUAUUUAAGUUUAAAGUUUUAUUAAGUGACAGUUGUUUAUAAAUAAAUAAAUAAAAACAAUUUUAAGAGGAGAAAUAAUUCAAGGACGUUUUUUAACGGGAACUUAAUGGAUAACUUGGAAUAAUUAAGGAUUUGGAAAUAUUUUACAGGUAAGAGAUUUUAUUUUUAUGUUGAAUUUUUUAUUGU